AUGUUCAAAGCCGCAUUCCUUGGUCUUUUCGCUGCCUUCGCGGUUGCUUCCGCUGGUGUUGUUGAUGUCAAGACACGUGCCGACCUUCCCGUUCACCACAAUGGAGACGUCCUCACCUGGGACUACAAAGGCGAAAUCGCUCUGGAGAAUGAACUCUUCGGAAUGGGUGUCGUUCGUAGCGACCUGCCCAUUCCAGCAUCGAUCACCGCUGACGGAUGGGAAGGCCCUGUCAUUCUCCAUCUUUUCGACCAGAUGACCAUCCCAGCGACUUAUCCAUUGGCCUUCCCAUUCUUCUUCAACGGCUCUAUUUACACCGCACAACUUUUCAAGUACGACACCAGCACCUUGGAACUCACCCAAACUCUCGUCCGGAGCACCGAGUUCAUGUGGGUCAAUCAGCCCGGCCAGGAUAUUUAG